UAACAUCACAACAAACAUGGCUGGUCCUUCUCCAGUUGAUAGUUUCUAUGCGACUUUUCCGAGACUUAAAUCUGUUCUUUAUCGGAGUACGUCGAUAUUAGCUUUCAUUCUUUUCUUCCUCACAUAUCAAAUGGCCAUUUUGGAAUUCUUAAUCGACGAACAAGAGAAGGGUGUCUGUAUUUCAGCAAGUAAGCACUAUUCGAAUUUCUUCUUUGUGUUACGCAUUUCAAACAGGCUUUCACUUUUUCUACGUUUGUCUUUAAUCGGUCACUUUUACAGUCUAAUUUUGCUCGUUUGACACGAACGAAGAGGGAAUGAUUUCUUUAAUACAGGUGUAAUCUUGUGAUGACCAUGAAAACUGCAUAGGAAAUUGCUAUUGACGAAAGAAAUUACAAUUUGUUAGUGCGAAUUCCGCUUCACGUGGCUCUUUGGGUUUUCAAUUCAUGGUCACAUUUUUCGGGUGAUGUUGCUAUAUAUAUUUGUAUCUUAACAAUUUUUCCCCACUGGUGUGAUGUGAACUUAUAUUUCUUCAUUUCCAGAGAACUGUCUGGUAUAUAAAAGCGUUGAUGUUCAGCCGCUGAACAAUUCGAGUCUACCGACAAACUCUACCGAGGUAUGAUAUUUUUGCCAAAAAUUUAUAUUUUCGUUCCUAUGGUUGUGAACGUCUCUGAGAAAUUUUCGCCGUAUGGUACUGAAAUUGCCUUUUUUAUUUGAAUGCAAAGCGAAUCCUCACAAAUGAUUGCAAAUCUCUGGUUUUGUCAGUUCCUUUUCGAGUGUAAUUUUUGAUCAGGGUGUGUGUGGAUAGUCACUUAACAGUUUUCAUCAUCAAUGUCAAUGAUGUUUGUUAACGAUGAUGUCGUAAGGGGGAACAAUUUUUGUCACAACAGGUUGAGUGAUAGUUUCUGAAUCAAGCGUUCAGAGUAGAUGUUGGUAUUAGCAGACCCGUACGUAGAGCAAGUUUGUAGUUCCCAUUUUUCGCGUUGAGAAUUUAUUCAGUUCAUCUUUACGACUUCCGGCACCAAUUGCAGUUAUUGAUUAACCUGUGACUUCUCCCUUAUAUAGCAAAUGACGAUGUUACGUACAACAAUGAUGAGAAAAGCAAAAUCAUGAUCCUAAUUGUUGUCUUAACCCUUUCACCUUGUAAGAGUGACCAACAUCCAAUUUCUUUCCAUAAUAUCACCCUUCAAUUAAAUAUUGAGGUCAGGAAAAGAAAGGAAAUUAUUACAAAAUGAAGAAGCCGUUGAUUGUUGAACAAAUUCUCCUUGUCAGCACCUUAGCAAUUGUACAGAGAACAGUAUGGAGAACAUGCAUACUGAUCUUAGGGUAUAGAGGAUUAAUGUAACAUUAAACCUCUUCUCACUUAUUUGGGAAGACAUUAGGAAAACCUUCAGAGCAGGAUUACUAUAAAUAGGAGCUGAAGAAUGAAAACAAUGCUUUUUAUUUCAUUUAUAUUGAGAUUUACUCUGUGAAGUACUAUCAGUCAUGUCUCUGAUUGGAUGAAUGAUGUAUUUUCACAAUCAUUUGCUUGGUACUUCAUAGUGUAAAUAAAAACAUCAUACCAUGAUAAGUGCUUGAAUAAUUUUUACUCUAUCACUUGAUGCAUAAAAACUGACUUGCUUGUUUUCAAUUGUUUGUUUUCUUGAUGUAUCAUACCUUGUAAAUAAAAAUCAUUCUUGGUCACUUUCCAUUGAAUAAUCUCUGUGUCCUUAAUGCUUGAAAAAUUAUCUCAACUUACUUGAAAAUGGCAAUAGUGAUUUUCAUUAGGCUAUGUUCAUUUUGGCCCCAGUUUCCAAUCAUGCUUUCAUCAGUCGGGGUCAUUCUCAGAAGUUAAGAUUUCUCAUCUCUGGUCAUGCUUGAGUUUUCUCUGCCUAGUAAAAAUUCCUUCUAAUUUAUCGAUAUUUUAUUUGCCAUCAGUGUCUGUGGCACCUGGAGUCAAAUUUUUCACUUUUUUUUUUUAAUGUGUGAUGAAUGCUAGAGACACCAGGUAUAAAUGUAAAUACGGGUAGAUGAAUAAAUAUAUACCAGUAAAUAGGAUAUACUGAAUAUUACAUUCACUUUGAUUGGUUAUCAGUAGUGAUCUAUUAUAGGACUGAUGCUUGGAUGAUUUUGCCAUCAGCAACUUUUACUUUUUUUGAAGAAAACGACAAAAAUUUUGAGUUUGUAAAACAUAUUUCAACAGAAACUUCUAUCAUCUUCAGUUAAUUACUGUACAAAGCAUUGGAAGUUGAAUUUAUAAUAAUUAGAAAAAUGCUAAUUAUGAUAAAUGGUGAUAACAAGAAAGAUGCAAAGCAUGAAAGUGUGAGAAUUAAAAGGAUAGUUUUAGAUUGAAAUGAAGUAAUUGUUGAUUCAAAGAGGGUUGUUCUCUUUGAAUAUGAAUAACCUCUUUUAUCUUAAGUUGAAAACUGGUAAAGGCAUGAUCCAAAACAUGGAAGCUAUCUGCUGAACACAAAGCACGACAAUGUUCAGAAUCUUGCAGAUGUUUGAAAGACCCUUAUUUUUAGUUAUAUGUCACAGAAGACUAACAUCCACUUAUAUGUAUAUAUGUAUCUAUAUAGAGUAGAUGUUAUUUGAUGGCUGGGAGGUCGGUAUAAUUAAAAAUGUUGACAAAGGUUGUGCUGCAUUUCCAAGUCACAAAAGCAUUAUUGUGGCUGCGAGCAGAGUAAGGAAAUUCUAGACUGCCUAAGAACCAAUCAGAUUGCAGGAUUCAUUGGUAUGACCUCAUGUCAAACUAAACUACUAUUAUCAUUGCUAUUAAUAUUAUUAUUAUAAUUAUUAUUAUCACUAUUAUUAAUUUCAUUAGUAUUACUAAUUUUUGUCUUUGUUUAACUUUUUUCAGACUAGUACUGACCCUGUGGAGAAAGUUGUACUUAUCCUGGUUACAACACAUACAGUCUGCAUGUUGUUGGGAACUUUGAUCCUAGGACUUGCAGCAGAUGCCAGUGGCAGACUGAAGACUCUCCUUGCUUCUGUUUUUGUGAUUUUUAUAGCAGGGAUAGCAAGUUCUCUUGCUUUUCAUUUUCUUUGGAUAUUUAUUUUCCUGCGAGGUGUGAUUGGAUUUGCAGCAGGUACAUAAAGUUAAAGCUGAACAGCAACAUUUUUAAUCUUUUAACUCCCAAAAGUGAUUAACAUGUAACCUCUCCCUAUCAUAUCCAUACAUCUUGAUCUAAUACCACAUUGUUGUAACUAAUUUACGAUGAAAUGUGUAACAUCUAGAGGGGAGACAUAACAAUCAGAUCUUGGGGUUAAAGAAUUUAUUCUGUAUGGUGCAGUCUGAGCUGACACCUCAAGUAGUGAAACCAUCAUCAAAACCUAAUACAAGGUUUUCCACACUCUGGGUAACCAGUUUGUUUUUGUUCUAGCUGGCGCCAUUCAAAUCACGUUGAUUCUGGUGGCUGAAUACGUCAGUUCGACUCAUCGACCAACCUUACUGUCCUUUUUUUGGAUUACCACAACUCUGGCCUACAUGUCAGCAGCUGGGCUCGCCUAUGCGCUGCAAAAUAUCCAAAUGUUCAUUCUUGGAAUGACGCUUCCAUUACUACUGACCGUUCUGCUGUGGAAGUAUGUUCAUUUUUAGUACUAAAAUGCCAGUUUUUGCCUGACCACUUUAUAGCGCAUUAGAUCAUAUCCACAUGUAUUUUGCGCUAUAUAAGUAAUAAAUUAUAAUUAUAAUUAUAUAGCAGGUUUACCGUUACCAAAGGCGGGGCUUCUAAAAUACUUCUUCGGAGUUAAGGAAUUUGAUACCGCAGUUAGGUGUUGUCUUUCGGUGGGUGGAAAACUCAACUUUGUGAAUAUGCGGACUUGAAAGCCGGGACUUUCUGAUUUUCUUUUCUUGUCGUUCGACCUUUACAGGCCUGAAAGUUCCCCUUCCGAACAUCAGCUUGUUGUCGAGGCUACAGUCCGCCAACUACCAACACACUCCUCAAUUGAACGUCAGUUUGAAUGUUGCUGGAGCCUCAGGGAGGGAAUAAUUUCGCUUUCAACAAAAACCGAAGCAGCAUUUCUUUUUUUCAAAUUUACCAACGCUCCUGUGGGCGAAGCCUAAUCACGUUGCUUGAAAUCUCGGAGUUGUGACUCACUGACACAGUUCGUAUCUAAAGGACAAGCAUUUUGCCUCUCUUAGGUUCGCUCCGGAGUCUCCCCGUUGGUUUCUACUCAAUUCCUCCUCCGAUGAAGAAAUAAACGAGGCGCAUGUGCUGUUGGAGCGAGCAGUUGACGAACGUCAAAGGAAAACCUCAAAAUUUAGAGACUGUUUAUCGAUGUGGAGAAAAUUUUAUACCCCACCAAACGUGGAGUCGAACAACCGAUGCUUUGCUUUUCUACGACGCAAGGAUCCUCGAAGAAAAACAAUUGUGUUGGCGUUUGCAUGGUGAGUAAAGAAAGUUCUUGAACCGUUAGAGGAGCAGGGGUUGCUGUUUGACGAAUAAUAAUGAUGAUUCGCUAUCGUUAUAUAUUAGGUGAUAGAUAACUGCCAAUCAAAUUAACAUGUGCCAAUUUUUUUAUAGCAAAACAUGGCACGUGUUUUUCUAUCCCAUUUUUUUAUUAUUAUUUUACCAUUGCACACUGUUAAGCCGUUCACCCAUUGUCUAUCAGGGAAUGUAUAGCGAGCAGCGUAGCCAAUCAGUUUGCAGCGUUUGUAAUAAAAUGCUAGGAGACUUAUACUAUUGAUAUAUAUCUGGUUAUACCUCCCACCGACGCAGCAUCACAGUUUCUAUAAAAAUUUACCUCCUUUAUUCUAAUGAGAGUUUUCUUUUACUACAUUUGAAUUGGGUUUGAAAGUCAGGGAGGUAAUCAUAAUCUUGGUAGUUUGAGACAAAAAUGGCGGUGGCGAUAAUGCAAAAGCACCCUGCUGGGGAAUGAAGGUGAUGGUUUGGUGAUUUGGCAAUCAAUUUGAUGACGAUGAAGUGGACGUUGACAAUGACAAUAGUAUGUUGAUUGUAGUGAUCAUGAUUUUGCUGUUUGAUGCAACCUCGUUCCAAGGAUGAGAGAGUGCCUAGGAACUAGGUUGGUGAAGAUGUUGUUGACGACAACGACGGUCAUGGCGUUAUCGAUGAAUAAUGAAAGAAAUAAACGAAAACAACGAUCCUAGCAGUCGAGUUGUCGCAAGCAGAAACUUACUAAAUUACACUAGUAUUCGUUUCCUAAGGUCUAACUUUUCUUACUAUUUUUCAUGACAGGUUUUCCUUGGGAAUAUUGUACCGUGGACUGAACAUAAGUUCUAUACAGCUUCUUCCGAAUUUCUAUGCGAACUAUGCAGUGCGAGAAAUUGUCCACCUGCUUGGAGUUGCUUUAUUCUUCUUUAUGGUCACAAGGUAAAAUGUUUACUCUCCCCUCCCUUAUUCCCCCAGCAUUUGUCUCUUACUCCCUCUCCCCCAGUUCCCCUCCGCUUCCCCCCUCCCUUCCCCCUUCCCCUCCGCCAGACAUGUCGUGUAAGUGUCAUGUGUUAAACUUUUUUCAGGAUCGGUCGACGUGCAUGCACGGUUCUUUCCAUGAUGUUCGCCGGUGUUUUCUGUUUGCUGUUCUCUCUCGCUUCUCGUGAAUUUUUGAAAGCAGGUAACUGACCUUCGCUUUUCUUUUGAGUGUCAUUUGACCAAUAGUAAGGCAAUCACAACAACCAAUCAGAAUGAAAGAAAUUAUUACAAGGACUCAAAAUGAAAACAAGAAAGCGCGGGAAAAUUCAUUUUUUCGUCCGUGUCUACCUCGCGUAAAAUGCUAGCGGCGCCCCUGAUUCUUACACUUAUUGAUAUAAAUAUGUAUGCGUUUUUUUGGGUCUUUUUUUUCAGAGCGUCAUGCAGUCACGUUAGUGAUUCAGUUAACAGGCCGUGUAUGUAUGAUGGCUUCCCAGGCUUCGCUCAAUUUAUAUUCCAUCGAAUUGUUCCCGACAGUAGGCAGGUGAUUAUACUUUAUGUUAGUUACUUUAAUACUGAUUGAGCCGUACGAUCCGCGGGAUACGGUAACCAGGUGGCACAGAAGAGCAAAUCCCAGCAAAAGGCGAGGUGUAUGACUGUAGCGUUCCAGAGUGUCGGAGAUCUUGAAUGAAUAAAUAUGUUAGAGCAAUUCUAUAAUGCGGAUUCAGUUCUUAGCUUUAUGGUGUUAGUUUAUCAGUCUCUCCGUUAGAAAUUACAAUUGAAUUUUAGAAUACGGUUUUUACCCCUAGUUUCAAUUCAUAUCUACAGAUGCUCGGCCGUUUGCUUGGUAUUUAGUUUUGCCUACUUGGGCGAAGCGCUGGCUCCUCUGAUCAUGAAGCUCCAAUUGCUGACUCAAGCCGUAGUGCCGCUCGGUGUGAUGGGACUCCUCUCUCUGACAACUGGUUUUUUAUGUCAAUUUUUUCUUCCCAAAACCAAAGGCAGGGAAAUUGAGACCUUUGAAGAUAGCACGGAAAUUGAUGGUUUAAAAGAGAGGAGUCCAAAAUUUUAUCGAAGAAGAACGACGAAUCGAAGAUCACAGCAAGUUGAAAUGACGGAAAGUACUGAAAACACAGUCAAUGAUGCGAGAUGCGACGAAGACGCGGUAAGAAAUGAACGCCUUUUUUCCGUGAGAACUUCCUCUUUUUUAGAAAAUGUUUAUCUAAUUCACAGUUUUUUCCUUUCUCAGAAACUUCGUCAAAGUUGGGAGGUAUCGUUUGAUCGCGUGUCUCAAACCUCACAUUGGGAGGUAUGAGAGUAGUUGACCGUAGCCUUCUUAAAUACAAUACCCUCAUUCUCACAAAAACCUUGUUCGGUAAAUAAAAACUAAGCUGGUUAGCCCAACUGGUAUUAUAACGAACCCACAAAAUGACCAGCUUCCAGUUGGCUUGUCAGCUUAGUUGGUAGAGGACUGCACCGGUAUCGCAUAGGUCAUGGGUUACACUUCCGUAAAGGCCUGAAUUUUUUCCAGGCCUUAUUUUCACUACUGCUUAAAUAGUGUUCAUUACUGCGAAGAUCUAUUUCAUAUUUAGUUAUUAAUCCUCAGUACGCAUAUAUGAUUUUCAUAUAUUCACAAUCAGUAAGUGAAGUUUACAACUCCACGGUUCUUCAGUGAGGAACCAAUUCUGGUGGCAACGUGCCAUUGUAAAGAUAUUUACGUUUUUCUUAACAGAUGCUGAGUUACGAAGACGCAAAAAGGAAGUAAGUGAGAUUACCUAGUUGUAUUUAAGCUGGCUGAUGAAGGUAGUCAAAACAGGUCGUGCGGCAAAUAAAGAAAACAGAACAGGUGUUCUGGACACCAGGCCCCAGUUGUUCGAAGGUCGAAUAACGCUAUAUAUUGGAUAAAUCGCUAUCUGGUGGAAAGAGUAGUUCAUUUUGUAAUCCCUUAUCCUUAGGAUAGCGGUUUAUCCGUUGGAUAGUGUUAUCCACCUUUUGAACAACUGGGAUUAGACGGACACGUUGAACUUCCCGUGUCCAGAUCAAUUUGAGAAAAAUACCAUUUCAUGUGACUUUCUUGUCUAACAGUUGUUCAAAAGAUGAUUUGGUGCAAUUGAUAGUUCAAUUUCAUUUCUCUUUUAGAACUCUAAGCAUCUCUUCACAUCAAAGCUUUGCAGAAGAAUCCCAUAUACUGUCUGAGGAAGACAUCGACAAGGUAUCAAGUGUCUUAAGUUUUCUUAAUUCAAUCAGAUCUUCUGCAAGUUGGCACAGAAAAUGUUUCCACCGUUUCAUCUAGAGUGUGUAAUCAAUUCCUUAUCGCGAGCGAGGGAGGAGUGAAGCGUUGACAAAUCUCGCGUGUUUUUACACGCGCCUCGAAACUCUCGCGUGAAUAUUUCUCAGUGGCUAUGUGAAACGAGCUCAUAUAAUGUAACAGGGUCUGUACCAACUCUUCCGCGGUUUCAAUAAAUUCUGACCAAACAUGGUUUUCGAUACCAAAAUCUCUUAACUGAUUGACAAGGAAAUGUACAGUAGUUAGAAAAGGAGACUUGCUAAUCAGGUCCUGGGAACUUAAGGUUUAACCCGGUUUGAUUGUUUUCAGCUGGCCCUUAAUCUCCGAUCAACAACGUGGAUCUUGGCCUACAGCACAUUUCAACAUGGUAUGAGUCUUAAUACAUUAUAUCACCGGGUCAGAGAAGUUGAAACUCCUGUUCUUCUUGUGGUCGAGGAUAGCAAUGGAUUUGUAAGUAUUUUGUGUCAUUUUUUCUUUCAUCGUUUGCGAGGCGGAAUUUACCCUGUCAAGAUAAAAUCCAAAAAUGCGAUGAAGGGUAACAGACCAUCUGCAGAUAAGACCUUUUUAUCCAAAGAUUGCCAACCUCCUAAAUAAGUUGCCUCUAAAAUACGCGUUUCAAUGAGUUUCCUGGCGGAAGGAAGCUAAAUAGUUAAAAAGGGUUAGGGUUAGAGAACGUUUCUCAUAGUAUUUAACGAAAUAUCGAUGACUUAGCCUUGGAAGCCCAACGAAAUGUGCAUUUUUCUGUGGCAGGUGUUUGGUGUGUUUUCUCCAGUGGCACCCAGGAUUGGUCCUGACAAAUUCUUUGGCGUUGGAAAAUCAUUUUUCUUCACUUGUAAACCGAAAUUCGAGGUAUGAAAACAAUUGAAAGGAAUUUUUAUUCGAAACUUAUGCGGUAGUAGGCUAGUUUUGCUUCACCACACUGUCAAUCAGACACAAACUCACACUAGUCUCUCGCGUAUCAACGCGCCUUUGGCUGUUUUCAUGUAUUGUCUUUGAUUUCCCAUCAGCUGUGUAUAACAUUUAUGUCAAUUAGUUUUUUUGUUUUGUGUUUUUUAUAAGAAUAUAUUUGCCCCGAUAUGAUAAAAAGUUUAUAUCAAUCUCUGAACAAUCGCGAAAGGAAUGCUGCAUUACUUUCGUCUGUCAACAAUUUUUUUAGUUCUUCGGGUUAUAUAGUAGAUGAUCAUUAUAUGUUGGGAAACGGGCGAGUUCUUGAUUGGCUUUUGCUGAUUACUGUGGUUUUAGUGUUAGGAGACUCUAUCAAGGUGUACUUCAGUGUUUCUGUUCCUUGUCUUUGUUUUUGACUUAGCGCAUAGUUCACUUGAGUUAACAACCUAAAUUUAAAUUUAUUUACGAUGUUGAUUUCCUCAGAUCUAUCCAUGCAGUGGAAAGAAUAAUUAUUACAUGACAGGAGACAACACAAACCUUGCAUUUGGAUGUAGCGAGUAAGUACUUAAAAUAAUGUUUAAAGAAUUAAACGCGGUUACCUAUUUGAUCUAAGUGGUUCAGAAGCUGGUGAGCUGUGCAGAGAGGACGGCAUUGUUUAAAAGUUGAAUACCAGUUGGGUUCUCUCUUUCUUUGUUGUUGUUUAUGUUGUUAUUUUAGACAUUGUGUGAAUGAUGUUCAGUUCAUAGUCGCCUCUCUAGACUGUUCACAGCCAUCUAUGACCAUCUAUUUGAGCACCUGAAAUAAACGAUGGGAGAUCCAAGGCGCUUUCCGUUGGUCUAAAAAACCAAUUGUGAAUGUUUAUUAAUACAAUUUAUCUCCCCAACCAACGAUGUGGCACGUAAAAAAAUUUUUUUUGAGCGUUGUCCCAAUAGAUCCCGGCUCGACUAAUUUCACGCGCGCUACAGCAUUAACUCACCGGUGCUUACUAGCGGAAAGUGGGGUUUGGGUUCCAUUUUAUCCGGCAGAAACGAGUUCUUUCAGUUUGGCCCCAACCAAACUCCAACAAGUGCCUAUCAUUCUAUUCUUUGGGAUGUAAUAUAACUCUCCCCGCUUCUAUAAGGGAAGAAUGGCGGGGGGGGAGGAGUCGCUCGACUUACCAAAGAACGGGUGCAAAGGUGACCUUAUAAAAUAAUUCAUGUAAAGCUUGACUUUACGGCAACCUGAAACUUAGCCGCUCAGUACGUGAUUGAAAACGCCCCAGUGAAGAGACAGUUGAUUCUAUAGUUCCAGGGAGACACGGGACAAUUAUCAGGGAGACAUGUUUAUAACUUUCAGGGGGAAAUUUGGCCUGUGGCUGGACAGUGAACUUUACCAUGGUAGAAGCACUGCGUGUGACACUUACAACAGUGAAAUGCUCUCCGCGACAGAGGACUUCAUUUGUAUCGGAGUGGAAGUCUGGGCAUUUGGUUAGGUAUGGUGUGACCAACGCGCCUGCCACGCCACCGUGUCACGCACAUCGACCGUUUUAGCUUCCAUCUCAUCAGAAAUAUAACAAUCACAAUCCCUACACAUCAGAGAGAUACCUUUGGAUGGAUCUAUGAAUCGAUUUGAUCACGCUUUAACAAAAACCAUUUAUUGACCUGCAUAACAAAUGGAAAGAAUGUCAGCUUACUUAUAUACGUGUGUUUUCUAAUUAACUACGAAAUAACGCCAAAUGGUAAAGCCAUGAAGCAACUGUCAUUCAAUUAAUAUAGAUGAAGAAAUUAGUAAAUAAAAAAUGUUAUUAUCAUGAUUUAUAUCAUGUAAAAAUGACCAGAAAAUCCUUAAGAAAUAUUCACUAAUUAUUCUCAAUUAGAUUUAAGCUCACGGAGAUUUCCUUUUUAAGAGUUCGAUUCAUUCCGCGCGCGCAAAUUGAUAAGCUAAGUAUGUAACGUAGCCUGCGGACUAGCUCGUCUCUCGGAGAGAUGCUCCGAAGAUGCUCGGAACAUGCUCGUGUAAUGGCGCCAAUGAGAGCCUGGUCUGCAGAAUAUUUAUAUCUGAAUGAACCGAUAAUUCUCUUCGUUUCGGUUCCACUUUUAGGGUUAACCCUUUAACUCCCAUGAAUGACCAAGACAGAUUAUAAGUUGAUCCAGUACCAAAUUCUCCAAACUAACAUCACAAGAACUGUAUGGCAGACAGUAAGGAGAAUUACUAGUGAGAUCUUGAAAUUUAUAGGGUUAAGUCCUCUUUAUAACGUGUAGCACGCGUGUAGUAGUAGUAUUUUUGCAGAAAUGCGGUACAAACGUGAUGAAAUACAAAUUAUACAGAUGUUACAUAAUUUAAAGUAUCAAAAUAAAUCGUUUAUCAAUUAAUUUUAAUAUCAGAAAGAUUUGAAAUAAAUGAGAAAAUACAUCUAUCAUGAAAAAAAAUUGUAAAUAGUUUGUCAUUAUUGUGAGUAAGAUUUAUGAUGAUCUAAAGAAUUACACAGUUGAACAUUCUCAGAUUAUUACAGGCGAACUGAUUCUUUGGCAAUAAACCAACAACGAUAGAAUAGGAAGUAUGCUUAAUUAAUGCAAAUAUGAUUAAUUCCUUUCCAAGCCAAUGUAAAACUCUGUGAAAUACUUAUUUUGUAUUUAAUGACGUUACAAAAGCAAAGGAAGUUUAUAAAAAAAUUGUAUGCUUUUUAACAUUCAAAUUCUAAAAAAGUGCAUUUCUUUAGUAAACAGGUAAUGAGGAGAAAAAAAACAAAAACUAACUGCUUCUUGAGGAGUAUUGUCGCCUACCACGGAGCACUAUUUUCUUGAUGCAAUAAUGAUAUACAUUAAAAAAUUACGCGCUUCUGAUUGGCUGAAAACGUGUGCAUUUUUUACGGAACAUGAGUCCAAAGUUGUAAUACGAGUGCAAAGUUGUAUUAAGUGUACAAAGUUGUAAAAAGGGUAAGUUUCUAAAGAAACUGUGGUGCUGCGUCGGUGGGAGAGUACAACACUAAAUUACCCCGUUAUACAAAGUUGUAACACGAGUGCAAAGUUGUAGUACGUGUAAUAAGUUGUAUUACGAGUGCAAAUUACGAAUAGUGUGCGCACUGUCAAAAUUUUGUCUGUCUUGAUUUUUCGUGAUGCUUUAUCGUGUAAAUUAUAGUAACCUGAUUUCUUGUGCAAUUUGGUGUAAAUGAGCGCUCGUAAAUGUUUCAGACUAGUGAGAAAUUGCGCUCGCCCUAAGGGCUCAUGCAAUUUUGUGGUCUUUGAGAAAUUUACCUGUCCAUAUUAAAACCCAAUUGCACUCAAAAUCAUGUUAUUACCAAUAUUAAUAUCUAUGGACUAUGGGCUGUCUAAACGUAUCGUUAUCACCACUACCGUGUGGUUAGAUUUACAGCUUUAAAUUUUGUUGACCAAUAAACGUGAUUCAUGGAG